AGUACAGAGUAUAGUGAUUACUUGUUCUGUGUUUAGUAAGCAAACUGAAUUGAGAAUUGUUUCUUUUCAUUAUUUAGUUUUAUGUGAAAGUUUAUAAAAAGGGGAAUUUUAUCUUUUUAAAAUCAUAAACAUGUCCAAUGUAUUACUUAUUAGGCAUUUACCUACUGGCCUAUCUUUCCAAGACAAGGAACAACUUUUGAGACAUUUUGGCGCUGAAAAAGUAUGGGAAACUACUGCGAAGCGCAAUUAUAUAUUUGCAUCUUUUUCUUCUGUGGAAAAAGCUAAAGCAUCGCUAACAAGACUUCACCAGCUGAAAAUAGCACAAAGAAGAUUAGUCGUCGAGUAUUCCUUCGAGAAAGAGUUGGUUACUAGUGAUAAACAAGAAGUUGAAACUUCGGCAUCAACUAAACAUGUAAAAAAUUUCCUGAAAGUUUUGAACGCUUGGAAUCCGUCUGUAGAUUUUUAUCAGCCGCCUCCAGUGCACUUAUCGUAUAAAUACCCGGAUGCGAGUCCCACUGCUCUAGUUAACAUUUUGUAUGCACUAUUUAAACAUAAACCUUUUUACAUUCAAACUUUACAUUUGAUGAAUAAAAUGUGCCUUGAUGCACCAUUCAAGGAUAAUGAAGUAGCUGUACAUUUUUUUAAAGAAACAUUUAAACAGUUUUUUGCUAGUGAAACAAGUGUGGUACCACCUCUGCCUGAGAGUGAGCCAGAAUCAGAAAUAUCAAGUGAUGAAAUGGAGAAACAACAGCAGUCUGUACCUCUAUCAGUAAAGAGACGGCAGACUCUUCCAAAAACAAGAAAACGUGCUGCUGCUAUUUUAUCUACAGCAACAUUACCUAAGGUGAAAAAAGUUCCUGUCAACCAAGAGGAGGUAUUUGAAAAUGUCACUCCAAUACAAGAGGCAAAGAAAAUAUCACUGGUCGUCCACCAAAAUGCUCUACAGAAGCCUACCGAGGAGCCAGAAGUUAUUGGAGAGCUUGGCAAGUUCCAGAAAGAAGAGCAACCUGCACAACCUAUAGAAGUUGAAACAGAGCCCGAACAACCCACCAUCACAAGAAAAGAGUUGUUAAAAAACAGAAUAUCAUACAGAGAUAUGAAAGUACUGCCUGUAUUCAAAAACUAUCACCCUGGUCAGCCUUCUAUGAGGUUGUAUAUUAAAAACUUAGCUAAAACUGUAACAGAAGUGGAUGUUACAAGAAUAUAUAAGCGUUAUGUGGAAACACUGCCAGAUGAUGACCAGUUAUGUUUUGACGUGAGGGUUAUGCAGGAAGGAAAAAUGAAGGGGCAAGCAUUUGUGACAUUUCCAUCUGUAAGCAUAGCAGAGAAGGCAUUAAAUGAAACUAAUGGUUAUAUGUUGAAAGAUAAACCGAUGGUAGUACAGUUUGCUAGAGCUGCUAAUAAAAAAAGUAUUGAAUAAA